UCGCUAUCGUCAGAUCUGCGAGGGUGCGAGUUUUUGGAAGUGAGGGUCAGACUAAAUUGUGAUGUUUCUACUGUAAAUCAAGCCAAAUUUUGUCCCGAGAGAAUGACUUUGUCUUUUGCACCGAAAAUAACAGUCAAACUGUUGAAAAAUAAUAUCUUUAAUGGAAGUUAGAGGGCGUUGGCUUUCAGUGAUCAUUUUUCUGUUCAAUUUGAGACUUGAGAGGUCAUGUAAUCAUUAGCGAUUAGCUCAUUAGGCACUCCGAUUUAUUGACGACUCCAGCAAAGUGGAAACUCAUCUGAUGUAGAAAUAAUAUCAAUUGUGGCCUGGCAGAAUUUUCUUUGGGGCAGCUGCAAGAUGGCAUCCAAUGGCAACAGGCAGCUGGAGUGGGUGGAGAUCAUAGAGCCCUCAUCCCGCAACAUCAUGUAUGCAAAUCUGACUACUGGCCAGUGUGUCUGGGAGCUGCCUGAUUCUGUGCCAUAUAAAAAGUUUGAUGCCAACCAAUGGUGGGAGUUGUUUGACAGCAAGACAGCUCGCUUCUAUUACUACAACGCCACCUCAUCCAAGACCGUCUGGAAGCGACCUCAGAAUUGUGACAUCAUUCCUCUAGCCAAGUUACAGCAACUGAAGCAGAACACUGAAGUGGGCUGUGGGCCUGAAGUGGGGCUCUUCGGUGAGCCUCGGAGAACUGGAUCAGGCAGAGGCAGCUCUCCGUCUACCAGAUCUCCUGCUCCGCAUGCUCCGGAUGGUUUUGACGGGACAAACUUGGCCCACAUGGCGAAGCAGCAAAGCCUGGAUGGCGUGGCAGGUCGUGUAGGCGCAGGAGGCUCUUCCCUCAGAGGACUUCCUCCCUCUGAAGGCAGCCUGGAGAGGCCGCGUCAGUUGGGACUGUCCCGCAGCCACAGCUUCAUGAGUGGCCCAGUGGGCAGCGGGUCUGGCAAGGUGCUUGGGGACCUGGGGGGCAUGGGGCGCCUCCAUACUGAAGGUGCGUCGGACUCGCUCGAGGGCCUGGCCACUCCCAUGCUGCAUCGCAGGCACCGAUACGACGCCCAGCUGCUCGACCGCCGUCCUGACAGUGCUGACAGGUAUCGGUACGACGGCGCUGAGUCGCGCCCCCUACGAGCAAGCGCCAGCGCCCACACGGCCCUCCACCACACCCCACCCUACCGCCCUCACUCAGACUCCGAGUCCUCCCCUUCUCCCCCCACACAGCGCCAUAGAUUCUCCCCCUUAGAGCCUUCCCACCGCUUCUCCCCUCUCAACUCUCCCCAUCGCUUCUCCCCUUUGGAGUCCCCACACCGCCUCCCCGACUCUGGUACGAGCACCCUGACCACCGAACACAACUCCUGCUGCUCCCCACAUGCCUCCCAACAUUCCCUCUUUGACUCCGGCCACAUGUCCAUGGGAACUACCGGCAGCCGCGGGUCUGAGAACCACGCCCGGUCAGGGAGCCGCGCCUCUGAGACUCACAGCCACGGGUCAGAGCAACACCGACACCGCAAAAGCAUUCCUGACGUUGUGUCGUCCAGGAAAAGCGACCGCGGCAGCGACGCUACUACGAGUCCACCUUCUUCGUCAUCCACUGCCGCCCCCGGUGCUGGGUCCCGGUCUAAAUGUUCUCACCACCGCUCCAGCGGUAGUCAUCAUCACCACCACAGUCGCCACCAAUGCGCUAAGCAUCGUGGUGUGGAUAAGCCAACCUCCUCAUCUUCUUCUAGUCCUAAACAACUUGUGGUCGGGAGCGGGUCCACUGCUAGUACCAUCACUAACAGCAGCACAAAAACAGCAACUGAUUCUGACACCAUCCAGACGAACUCGUCGUCUCAUCAUACCAACUCGAACAACGCGUCACUCAAGGGCAGCCCCUGCAACACUGCUAAUAAAGCCCACCAAAAUAUGGCCAAGGCUCCUGCUCCUUCAGAGGAAACAUGUGGGGGCGUUGAGGGGGGCGGCGGGGGGGACUGGCACCAGGACCUGACGCAUCUCUACAGCAACCUGGACUACGUCUACAACCAGCCCGUCUACCAGUACAUCCUGGAGCAGGCGCAGCUCUCAGGAUACCGCCUCGGCGACCGCGUGCUGGGCGGGGACGGCGACUCCUUGCACAGCGACUCUGACGCCGAACACCGCAUGGACGACAGCGACCAUUUCGCUGACGACGAGGCCGUCUCAAACGCCGACUCCUCGAGCCAGGAAAACUUGGAUGAGAUCAACUACCUCGCCGAUGACGAGACCUACACGCAGUUCUUCACUCCACCUCUGCAGACGUCACAAGGACUUCAGUCGUCGUCCAGCCAUCACGGCAAGCCGUCCUCUGUGCACACGUCCCUGCAGCCUUUCGCUUUAAAGACGUCCACGACCGCAAUGUUUCCCGGCAAGUCUGGUAGCUGUUUACCCUUCACUUCCAAUGUCCCGCCUUCAGUAGACUCAAAAACGAAUAUUAAUUCUAAAAUAUCAGGCGUUAAAUCGUACGUGGGUGGCAGUGUUGCAUCAAGUAGCGCUAAGAAUGCCAGUGUGAGCCCCAGCAAUGCAGGCGUCAACAUAAGCGGCGUGAUCAGCAUAGAGAGCGGCGGUGGUGGCGUCAUGGGCUUCGGUGCGUCUUCGCAGAGCAUCGCAGACAGUUUGUCCAAACUCUCCGUGGCAAACGCUUCAGCAGACGCCGGUGUCUCUUUGCCUGUCAGACAGGGGGCGAGUGUAGUGGACGGUGUAGGAGCGUCCGGUGACAGCAUCAGGAAGCCGCUGCUCGCAACGGUCGACAAGAACCUCAAGACUGCGGCCUGCGACAUGUUCCGUCUCGUGCAGGUGUACAUGGUGGACCGGAAGCCCAAGCCGGACAUGACGCUGAGCUCCGUAGCCCUGGACAUCAUCGGCAUGGCGCACGCGUCGCCGUGUCUGCGUGACGAGCUCUUCGUGCAACUCUGCAAGCAGACUACAGACAACCACAGGAAGUAUUGUCCUCACAACCCCACCUACCACACGCUCUUCCCUGAGGUCAACAAGUGGCCAAUACACAUCCAGGUAGCGCACUACGCAGGCGUGUGCCAGAAGCGUCUGGCGCGUAGUACCACCCGGCCUCCCACCCGCAAGCCGUGCGCCAUAGAGCUGGACUUGGCCAAGCUCCACAUCUUCAGAGUGAGCAUGUUCAACAGCAUGCUGGAGGAGGUGAUGCAGCUGCAGCGCGACAAGUAUCCAUACCGUCGACUACCGUGGGUACAGACUGCGCUGUCUGAGGAGGUGUUGCGUCUGCAGGGCACCAACACUGAGGGCAUCUUCAGGGUGCCCGCCGACAGCGACGAGGUGCAGGAGGUGAAGCAGCAGGUGGAGCAGUGGGAGGUCGGGGAGUGCAGGGACGCCCACGUGGCUGCUGCGGUACUCAAGCUCUGGUACAGAGAACUGCAUGAACCGCUGAUCCCCAGCGCGCUCUAUGACGCUGCGGUGGAGGCCCACGAUAACCCGACGGCUGCCUUGGAGGUCUUACAGCGCCUGCCCCCCACCCACCACCUCGUGCUGGCCUACCUCAUACGGUUCCUGCAGUACUUCGCACAGCCUGAGAUUGUGGCAGCAACGAAGAUGAACGCUGACAACCUGGCGAUGGUGAUGGCGCCCAACUGCCUGCGGUGCACCAGCUCUGACCCCGUCGUCAUCUACAACAACACGCGCAAAGAAAUGGCCUUCCUCAGACUCCUCAUACAGAACCUGGACACCACCUUCAUGGAGGGUGUUGUCUGAUACCACCUACGAGUGUUGCAACAACACCACCUUCAUGGAGGGUGUUGUCUGAUACCACCUACGAGUGUUGAAACAACACCUCUUCAUGGAGGGUGUUGUCUGAUACCACCUACGAGUGUUGAAACAGCACCUCUUCAUGGAGGGUGUUGUCUGAUACCUCCUACGAGUGUUGAAACAACACCACCUUCAUGGAGGGUGUUGUCUGAUACCUCCUACGAGUGUUGAAACAACACCACCUUCAUGGAGGGUGUUGUCUGAUACCUCCUAUGAGUGUUGAAACAACACCUCUUCAUGGAGGGUGUUGUCUGAUACCACCUACGAGUGUUGAAACAACACCUGCUCCAUUGGUCAUCUAUAACAACACUUGUCAGGAAAUGUCCUUCUUCAGACUCCUUAUGGAAAACAUUCGCGGUGAUGGUUGUUUGAUACCACCACCUACACCUAUUAUUCAUAGAAUAGGUUUUAUUUGUUAUAUUUACGUGCGAUUUACCAUGUUGUAUGCCCAAUAGGAACGUGACCAGCGUAACACCCUGGUAUCUAAAAAUAAAUUAAAAUGUAUGUUUUUUUUCGCCCCGCUGGGCGGGAAGUAAAUAUCUCAUCUUUGAUUAUUGUGUAUUGUUAGCUUUAAAACGUGUAAUUAUAAACCAAUAGAUUGUAUGUGGCUCGUGUACAGGUGUGCCACUAUGAUUUAAGCAAUUUUAUAAUUGACUUCUUAUGGGAAUCAGAGCCAUUCGAAUGACGAUUGUAAUAAUAAUAAGUGUGUACGACUCAGUCCCUCCCACUAAUAUUUUGAGAUUAGUUUUAUUGAAGAUUAGUUUUAUUGAAGAUUAGUUUUCUUGAAGCAACACAUCCCUGAAAUGAUGACACGCCGUGUAUAAUUCGUUGCUGUGAUUUCUCUUCCUACGUUGCUGUGUAUAUUGGCGCGCAAGUGAUGGUGCAGCGAAAAUGGUCGUGCAGUUCGAUUUUGAUAGAAUUGUUUUCUGAUAAUUAUAGGGAUAAGUUAUUUGCUUAGUACGAAUUAAGUAUUCAGAAACCAAACAUUGAAACAGUGUUAAUGUUUUCCCACCCAUCCGUAGUUUCUUUUAUGAAUUUUUUCAUUAGCGCUGCCUAUAGGUUAAUAUUUCUGAUAACUGUUUUUUGCCCAAAAUAAAGUGGAGGCAUGUAGCAAUUGCUAUCUCUACGUGAGUUGUGCCAAGUGAGGGCUGAUUUUUGGUAGAGCUUUAAUUUUACAACCCACAAAGAUAUUCCUCACAUCAUCCAUGUUUUUCGUUUCAAUUAAUGUUGUGAUUUGCAGUUCGGUUUCAUUAAUGCAAGCGUUUUGUAAAUAGACUUGUUUGUGUUCCAAGCAAAUCAGGUUGAUGAUGGAAGCGUUUAUGAACUACAUACAUGCGCUAGCAUGUAUAUUGCUGACCAUGUGUGGCGCUAGCACGUAUACUGCUGACCAUGUGUGGCGCUAGCAUGUAUAUUGCUGGUCAUGUAUUUUCAAGCAUAUUUUCUAUCAUUUCUAUGUUGCUUCUCUCAUUUGGUCAAGUGCCUGUCGCCAGCGCCGGCUCGUCGUAAGCGUCUCUUUAAAGCUCUAUGUAUUUGCGCACAAAUUUUAAAAUAAUUUUAAACAUUCUCGCCUGUUUCGUUUUAGUGACGACUUGUAAUGACUCGUAUGACUUUGACUUGAUAAUGUCAAAGACGCAGCUGCUAUUAGUUCACUUCUUCAUUACUCGAAUUACUGCGAAAGCUACUAUAGCUUAACUUAUGAAAAUGUUAUUCUCGUCAUUAAAUUCGGCUAGUUUUUUUAUGGUUUCUUUGGGUGAGUUUUGUUAAAGCUUUAACUUUAAGAUAAUGGAAAUCGAUUUGUCUGUUUUACUGCUUAAGUAUUCUUUGGUUAGGUUUUGUGUCGUGAAGUUGUUUUAUUGUUGGAUUCUUAUUUUUGAUCCAAGUCUUUAUUUGAAAUGAACUGAAGAGCGUGCUGUCGCUUAACAUUAACUAAUGGUUAUUGGCUCUAACUUUCCGUAAUUUGGCUCCACCAAAAAGCGUAUUUUUGAUGAAAAUUAAUAUAUUCUAAAAUGCUGUCAUUUAAACUUAGUUGAAAUCUCUCUGUGUUGUGCCUUGGUGUCGUCUGCUGAAACGAUAAACUACUAUGCUCCUAUGUUAAUUUUAAACCAAAGAUUCGAUGAAACAAACCAAAAUUAAUGCCAUUGACCAAUCUCUGCCUCUUGUCUACAUUCAAUGCAUAGCUUUUUUGAGUCAGUCUUGUAGCGAGUGUCCUGGGAACAAAAGUACGUGAAGGGCUUGGUGUUCGCUCUAUAUAUUCAAUAAGCCAACCACGUUUGCCAUCGCUCAUAGCUUCCUGAAUAAGUUAAUAAUUCAACUUUUAUUUGUUCAACUGCUGCUCUUCGUCGCAAGUGAGUACUUCACCGAUUUAUUUUCGCUUCUCCAAUUCAUCAUAGAGCUAUGAUUUCUCUUCCUAAUUUUUCGUUGAAGUCAUUGCAUUUUUUAUUCAAGAGCCAAUUCUAAGUUCCUAUGCCGGGGCUUGUGUCCCAAUGUCCUUACACGAUAGCAAAUGCUCCCUUCUUGGUGCUACCGAACUAUGGUACGCAGGCAACCAUUGGUACGCAGACAACCAUUGGUACGCAGACCCCCAUUGGUACGCAGACCCCCAUUGGUACGCAGACCCCCAUUGGUACGCAGACCAUCAUUGGUACUCAGAUCCCCAUUGGUACACAGUCCACCAUUGGUAAGCAGACCAUCAUUGGUACGCAGACCACCAUUGGUACGCAGACCACCAUUGGUACGCAGACCCCCAUUGGUACGCAGACCAUCAUUGGUACGCAGACCAUCAUUGGUACGCAGACCAUCAUUGGUACACUAAUGGUCUCCCGGAGGUACGUGAACAUUUUCGAAGUUAGGAAAGAUUUCAAGUUUGUUAUUGUCCACUUCACUAAAAAUGUUAACUGUUUUCAACUGAUAAAAUGCAGCAGAAUAUAAUCUGGUUUGGAUAUGCACCUGUUGCCACCUGCUUUGCACCUGGUCCCAGCGGCUGUCCUUUCAAUUAAAACAGUAAAAUUAUUCGCUGCGCUAAUGAUAGUUCAGUGAGGAAAAUAAAAUGCAAUCACAAUUAGUUUUUGAAACCCAAGGACACGAAGUUGAACUGACAAGUGGUGAACAUGAUUGAAAGCUGACACUUAUUCGUAAUCUUUGGUAGUAUUUGACAUUGACAAAUUUCUGGCAGGUUGGCGCGCGAUUUUGAGCGGGUGAUUUUGAGCGGUUCUUCUCCUAUCAAUGGACUGGAAACUGAUUAAAUUGACUAUCAUUGAGUAUCCAUGGCGUACAUGUUAAAUGGCACAGCGAGCAUUUAUUUGCAUUUAUGCAUUAAGUCGCAGAUUCUCUCCGUCUUGUGUUCCUGUGCAGUUUAUUUUAUACAGUAAAUUAUUUCUCUGGUUCUCUUCCAUUAUUAAUCAUAAUUCGCCACAAUCGUGUGUCAUAUUUACUUGAGUUCCUUAUUCAAAAUGUUCAAAAAUGACUAGGGUAACGAAGUUUUUUAUUAAUGCCCGUCGACCAAAGGACUUGAAUUUGGCUCCGCUAAUACCAAGACCUCCGCACAACUGAACAACUAUGUCAAAAUUAUUGACAUGAAUAAGGUUACAUGAAAGCUUUAAAAUAACUGAUAAUUGUUAGUAGUUAAAGACUUUACGUUUACUUGUGUCACUCAUUGAUGUGCACACGGCACAGUUAGUGUAAGGCAAUAGAGGUUGUAACACUACGACCUACUCCAGUCCAUUACUAUGUAUGCUGCUCUUCUGUACUGUACCCUUUACAUGGUAGCUGUAAUGAAUAUGUACCAUAUAUUCUUAACUACGUUCUACAUUAUAAGGAUAUUAAUUGG